UACAAAAAGCACUAUCAGCCAGAUAUUACGGCAGUACACAAAGGCACACAGGAGUGGACACUUGUCGACAUACCCGUGCCAGCGGACCAAAAUAUCCUUACUACUGAGGAGGCGAAAGUGCAAAGGCAUCAAGACUUCACGCUCGAAAUGAAAAGAGUCCAUAGAGCCCCAAAAUUGACAGUAAUACCCAUCAUGAUUGGUGCACUUGGAACUAUCUUGAAGAAUGCAAAGGCCUGGUUGAGGAGGUUGAGUCUGCCUGACAUUAUUGGGAGGGUACAGUUGUCAGCCACCCUUGGUACUGCUCAUAUCUUGCGAAAAGUGUUGUGUCUCUAAGCUGCGGUAAGCUGCUGAGACAUGACUGAGAAUACCCAGAAAAUCCCAGAGAACUGGACAGGAUCACACGAUAAUAACGACAAUUAAUAAUAAUAAUAAUAAGAAGAAGAAUAAUGAUAAUAAGAUUAAUAGGACUCUGUCUCUCUUGGACCAAGGUGACUCAUUAAGCAGAUUUAGCAACAGAACGGGAACGUCAGCUGACGACGGCGCGAGCAGAUCAAACAACUGGCGUGACGAAUGGCAGAGCAGCAAAUUGGGCACCGGAAGUCGCGUUGAGUCCUUUCCGCGCGCUUUCACGUCGUCAUCUGACGUUCUCGUUCUGUUGCUAAAUCAGCCUAUUUGCUGUCUGUAGACGUCCUUAAAGUGUUCGUUUCAUCGGAAAACAAGCUUAACAGGUAACUACGUUCCACCAGUGACGCUAUGCAGGAUAUGGGUUUGCAGUGGAUCCAGAGAACUGCAACGUUACCCAUGUCAGGAAGGGCAAGCAAGUUGAAGAUGCAGCAAAAUCCAAGCGAGACGAGACGGCUUUGGUCGACAACCUUAAGAUUGGGGGCCAAAUACAAGUUCCUGGGUGUGAGAGAGUCUGUGAUGACGAGAAGUUAGCAUUAACACUUGCAGCAAAGCCGUACUUGCAAAGGCUCUCGAUAAUCUGGACGAGCCGUCUAUCCGAUGCCAACCGCCUCAAGGCAACAAACCAGUUCGCCUUGCCUGUCUUGACGUACCCAAUGUGGACCCAACAGUGGCCAUUGGGAGAGAUGCAGAGCACUGA